UGUAUGCAUAUCUAAUCAGAGGAUUCCGAUUUAUUGAGUUUGAUAGAGAAAUCCAGGUUUUUUAUCUUCUUCUACUUCUUUUCCAUGUUAUCAACUUUAAUAAUUUCUUCAGGUACCCUCAAUUUAGUCCAUCAGCGAAGGUCAAUUCACAUAAGUUAACCUAAACUCGAUUCAAUCUUCAUCCAAACCUAAAUUUGGAUACCAGUUAGCACUUGCAGCAAGAUUGAACAUGGAAACCUAAAAUCGACAUCAACUACAUCUGUUCUUGAAGAAGAUUUAAUAAGGUUCAAUAUCAGCAAAUCAAUUCAUUCGAAAGAUAAGUUUAUUCUUCUAUUGUACAUUCAAUCCAUUCGAAAACCUUGAUUAAUCGAGUUUGAAUUGGUUUGCAACUUAUGAUCAUGGUUUCUUAAGGUUCUGGAUAACAUAAAAACCCAUUCAUUUGAUUUGAUUUGGGUACCACUUAAAUUCAAUUAGUGAGAAGAAAUGGAAGAAAGUAGAUGCUCCAAUUAUUCGGUGAGUUGGGCACGAAUUGAUUUCAGUAUGAAGAUGGAGUUAGUUGUGGAAUUGAAGCUAAAGUGGUGUAGAUGCCUUCCUUGUUGAAUUAGUUAAUCAAAAACAUUUCAGAGCUGAAGGCUCAUGCACUUUCCUCUGAUGAUUUCUCUGUUGGAAGUUCCAAAUGGUGCCCCAUAUAUAUGUUUAUUGAAAGCAAUGAUCUAUCCAACGGGAGACUGCAAAGCGUAUGAUCUUUACUUAUCACUGUUCCUACACCCGGUCGACUGGACAGAAUCGCUGGAUACGGGGUAUAGUUUUACAGUUACUAGUCAGACUGAUCCCAGUAUGAGAUUGAAACGAGAGCUGAAAUACAACAACUUUCCAGGAAAAUGGCCGGGAGACGGUUGGUCAAGGUUCAUGCUUCUUAGUGAACUUCAUGACCCUGACAAAGGAUAUAUCGUGAAUCACACUUGUGUCAUAACAGUUGAGGUUACUUGUAUGAUGAACAAGGAGACAAAAGAUGACGAUGACUUGAAUGAGGGCAGCCCAAACAAGGUUGAAAAGACAGAAAAUGAGACGCAAGCCAAAGGAAAGGAAGAGAAGAGUAGUUCAGAAGCAGAGGAGUAUUUAGGCGCCGGACAACCCUUUGCUGAGGGUAACAACAAAGUUGGUUUUGGCGAGGAGAAGGAAUUUGAAGAUGUUGGAGGCUUCAGUAUUCUUAAAACGCAAGCGCCUCUAUAUAGGCAGAUCUGGUUGAAAUAUGGUCAUAUUCCUUCUACCAAGGUUAUGCCAAUCUCGUUGUAUCCUGUCCUAGUUAUGGUGGUCAAAGACUUGAUGAAUUGUAUCAUAGAUAUGCAGCAGUGCCGUUAUGUAGAAUUGACUUCUGAUAUGAUCAAGGAUUGAGAAGAGACGAUAAGUAUGGCUGAAACAAAUAAAUUUAACCUUAGCUGGCUUCGUGAAAGAUUAGAGAACGCAAGAAAGGUAUCAGUGGGAUGCAGAAAGUUAAAACUGGAUUGUUGGAUCUUGGCCAUCCUUUACGUGCUGCAAAAUUAAAGAUGAAGGCAGCAGGGGAUGAGUUGAAAAAGGCUGAAGUUCAGAUGAUGGCAGCAAAGGAUUACUUGAGAGAUAGUAUAUCUGGUUUGCUCUCAGAAUCAGAUUUGGAAUUGUAUCUAGAUAACAGUCACAUAUUCAUUUCCUUAAGAGAUCUUCUAUUGGAAUAUCCUUGUGCAAUAUUUGCCAGUUGACCUCAUCCAGUACCCAAAUACUCAUGUUCAUUUCCCUUCCUGUCCAUUUAGUUUUAGUGUAACAAACCCUGCCUUCUGAUUUCCCAACACGAUUAUUGGGGUGUCGUAUACCACCAUCAUCAAACUCCUCAUCCGGCAAAUCAAUCAAACUACAUUGAUGCCCAUCACUUCCAUUGUUCUGAUUGAGAUUGUAAACUAACAUUUUCUUCCCCUCUUGAAUCCAAAACAAAACGCCAUUAAGGAUAACAAAAU